AUGGGCAAAUCAAGAGCAGAGGCACCAUGGCAUCGUGAAACAUGUCUGCUCGCGGGUUACAGCUGUGUAAACCCUCGACCGCAGUACAAGACCCAUCCAGAGGCUCAUGCGCAGACGAAUAUAGCAGCACACGACCUGGAAGGAGGUGGCCUGAGGUUGCCUGGUUCAGGGCACAUGCUAGCAUCUCCCAAACUGACUCACAGCUCCCCAACCCUCUGGGUUUAUGCGCACUCCUUGUCACCAGCUAUGGAUCCCGGAACAGAAACUUUCAACAGCCGACGAUCAACUGUGUUCAAUGCUCGAAGAGACUUUAUCCACAUUCCUGGCCGGAUUGCAUCGAGUGCAACCAUGAGUGGACAAGUCCGCGGACCGCAAGUGUACCGACCGGCCAGCCUCGCCCAUCUCCAGGGGGCCCACACCAAGGUCCAGACGACGGCAAGUGUUCAAUGUCUACGUCUGCAAGAAUGACUUGCUGGUCUCCGUAGAAGAAGACAAGCGUUCCCAAAGGAAUCUGACUAGUCUCGCGCCGCGCAACGCUAGAUGACGUGACACCCAC